AUGGAGGGGACUAUGAAUGGAGGUGCUGAUUCUAUUAAGGAAGGAGGAAAGAGCAUCGAUAGGGAGCAAGAUUGGCUGGCAGAGAAAGCGGAAAAACGUAUUGAUGAGUUGAAGCCCAUGGUACCUGAUGUUGUUAAAAUCAUCAAAGAAGCUGUCAUGAGAGUUAUUAGAUUUGGUGCCACUCGAGUUAUUGUUAUCGGAAAUUUUUCAAUCGGUUGCAUGCCCAUAUACCUUACAGAAUUUCACUCUAAUGAUUCUAGUGAAUACGAUGAAUUUCAUUGCCUCAAGGGACUGAAUAACUUUGCAAUGUAUCACAAUGAACAACUCUGGCAAGAAAUUAAAGAAUUGGAAGAAGAGAAUCCAAAAGUGAAGAUAGUAUAUGGGGAUUACUACAAUGCCUACAUGUGGAUUUUGAGGAAAGCUGCAUUGCUUGGUUUUGAUCCAAAAUCACUGCAAAAAGCUUGUUGUGGGAGUGGAGGCGAUUAUGAGUUUAGUCUUAAUAGAAUGUGUGGGGCUCCUAAUCAACUGGGCCAAGGGGAAUUGUUUGGGGAGAUAGAGUUGAGGGUGGAAAGAGUAUUAGAAGGAGAUAUUGAGGCAAAUGUGGAUGCAGCUCAGCAACCUAGGCCUAGGAGAAAAGGCAAAACUGGAAUGGUGAACUGA